AUGGUCACCGCUCACGUCCCAUCGGCGCACACCGACCAAUGGCUACGGGGGACACGAGGAACUGAAUCCAGACAACCGCAAGAAGAGAAGAGGAAGAGAAAGAGAGAGAGUGACCAGCUCUUUCCGCAGCUGCUCACAGCUUCCACUUCCGCCCUACGCCUGGACAACCGUCCUGCGUCUGCACCACUCACACCCUCAGUGGCCUACUCGCCAACGCAAAGAGGGACAGCCACUUUGACCCUCUCCCAUCCAGCGUCUCCGGCGGUAAAGACGAUCAUCCUCGCCUCGGUUCAUGCAGAGCUGGUCCCGCCGCGCCAAGAAAGACCAUACGAAGGACAGGUGCAGAUCCACCUCAAUACCGCCCUGGCCCAAGGCACCUCAUCCGCCUCCCGCUCCAAUCCCUCUGCAGAAGCCUCUACCGCCGAGUUGGAACGGCAAUUGGACCUAGCGCUGCGCAGGAGUGGAUUGAUAGAUCGAGAGGCUCUCUGUCUGAAAGCAGGAGAGGCAGUGUGGAACAUCAGCGUCAAUAUUUCCUGUCUCUCGUUGCGUGCGGGCAAUGCACUGCAGGGGUGCAUUCUCGCCAGCACCCUCGCACUGAUGGACUACGUGAGGCCUGAUGCAGCGGUGGAAGAAGGCGGAGAGAUCAAGAUCUUCGAUGAAGGGGAGCGCGUGGGAGUGAAGCUGCCCAUUACCGGAGGACUCGUUGGCGUGGAAAUAGCCGUCUUCCUCCCGCCUCUACCCUCCUCCAGCGGCGGCGGCACAACGACCACCUCGACAGCAGAUGGAGAAGUAGCGUCCUUGGAACCCAUCCUACUGCUGGACCCUACACCACUCGAAGUGACUCUUUCUUCAGCCCUUCUAACUUAUGUCCUCACCCCCAAUACGGGACAGUUUCUACUUGCGGAAAAGAUCGGUGAGGCACCACUGGACGUGGACGUUAUGCUCAAGGGAAUGAAGGCAGUCGAGACGAGGGCUCGGGGACUGGGGAAAUGGGUCGACGAAAGCAAGAAGCAAAGGGACGAACAGGUCGGCAAGGAGAUCAAUUGA